AUGGCCCUCUGCGCUUCUCAGCUCGACCAACUUUUUCCGUCGACCAUCUACAUCAUAGGUGGGGCUGGCAGCACUUCCAAUCAGCCCCUGCGGAGCCUCGACACUGUCCGUCCUGAUGAACUGCCCGGCGAGUCGUGGUCGCCAGAGCCUGCGAAGCGCUCCAUGCGUCAACCGCGGGCGGUUUGGGGCCCUAGUCGACGGGCGAGUACCCUCCGGUACAUCACAGUUGCGAUGCUCGAGAUGUCAGGCUAUUCCUUGGAGCGCUCCAUCGAAGCUGCGGCCAAUGCCAUCGCCAAAGCAGGUUCCAUGACUGCCUUCACUGGCGCCGGCAUCUCCGUGGAGUCGGGGAUUCCAGACUUCCGCUCCCCAGGCGGUCUUUGGUCCAAAUACGAUCCGCGGAUUUUUUGUGAGUACAACACCUUCUGUGAUCAGCCCCAGCUCUUCUGGCAGAUGGGUCGAGAGCUGGCACUGGACAUCCAUUUGGCCAACGGGGGCACCAUGAACCUCAAGGAUGGCUUGAAAGAAGCCGAACCCAAUGCGGCCCACAAAGCCCUGGUGGAGCUACAGGAGAUGGGGAAGUUACACACUGUCAUUACACAGAACAUCGAUUCGCUUCAUCAGCGAGCUGGUUCCAAGCAAGUCAUCGAAAUCCAUGGGACGAUGGCUACGGCACGGUGCAUUGAAACUCGAAAAAAGGUGCAGCAAGCCGAGAUUCUACGUCAGUGGGUUGCAGCGCGUGAAGGUAAACCGGAUAGUACCUUGCGGAGCGACAUCACCAGGGAUGGUUGGGUGCCAAGACAUCAAGAAACCAACGGCGUGCUGAAGCCAGACAUUACGAUGUUUGGAGAGCCGUUGCCCGCCGGCGCACUGGCUGCUUCGUGGCAGGCAGUCCUUGGUUCGCCGGUCUGUCUUGUGGUCGGCACUGGAUUGACUGUGGCACCUGCCAACAUGGUCCCCGGCCUUGUGAAGUGGCGCUUUGGCACGCUGAUCAUUCUCAACAUGGACGACUCUGGUGCUUCCUCUGCCGACAUCUUCCUACAAGGACAGGCCGGAGUCGUCCUACCCUGUGUGGUGGAAGAAGUGCGAAAACGCCUGGAGGGUCGGCGAAGUCCCAGGGGCCCCCAGGGGGUUUGUUCUGCCGUGGCCUGUGGGGAAGCGAUUUAUGCCAUCGCAGGCCGCGGAAGCGAUGGACCCUUGCGUAGCGUUGAGUGCUACUACCCCGCCCGAGAUCUAUGGCUGCCAGCUCCACCGCUGCAGCGCUGCAGCGGCUGGGUUUGUGCGACCGGCGCCUGGGGAGGGGUUUUCGUGGCUGGCGGCGAGGAUACGCAGAAUGCCACGACAGAGGCGGUGGAGUUUUCACAGCCGCAAAUGAAGAGCUGGAUCCAACUGCCGCCGAUGCGUCAGGUGCGCUGGGCAGCGGCGGCAGCGUGCAGCCAAGAUGUGGCCUUCGUGGCUGGCGGCUAUGGGGAGGAGGUGUUGGCUUCCGUGGAAUGCCUGGUCUUUGGGAUGCUUUCGUGGCAGAAGGUGCCCCCUUUGCUGACGCCACGCGCGGCGCACACCAUGACAGCGUUGGGCGGCAAGCUCUACGUGGCAGGUGGCUAUGGACCCGAGGAGCGGCCCUUGCGCUCCCUGGAGCGCUUCGAUCCGCACGUGGGAUCUUGGGAGGGCCGUGGUAUCCUGCCACCGCAGCGUUGGUUCCGGCCCGAAGAAAACGCCAGCGGAAAGCCCGGGAGCACCCGGAGCGCAUGGUCCUGCCAUGGUGCAGUGAUGGUUGAGACGGAAACCGCUGAGGAGACUGAGCAAGACUCGACUUCCAGGAGCCAUCGGACACUGGAGCACCACCAGAGCCAGCGCUGCACCGCGCAUCUGCACGACUUGUCCUUUCUGCGUGGCACGACCUCGUCGGUGCUGUUGGAUCGAUUUGGAGAGAUCUUGAGAUCCACCAACGGUGGCAUCGGCUCAGUCUCAGAUGACGGCAUCAAUGACUACAACAAGAGCCAGUUGGUCGACUCUGGACAGUUGGAUACCUUCUUGUCUCACAGCUGGCAAGCCAACUGGUGGCACAAGUACUUGACAUUGCUCUACUACUUCAAUGCGCUGCCAGCCACCCUGGCUGUGAUCAUCUCGGCAAUUCUGUGGUGCGGCCUUCAGUACGCUUGCCUGUGCAACGAAUUUUGGAGCUGGCGUUGGCGCGGCUUUUCCCCCAUGACCUUGGUCUUCCUGGCAGUGCUGUUCUCCUGGCACCACAUCCGAGCGUUUUUUCCCCGAUGGAGAAGGAGGUGGAUCUUUUUGGACAAGGUUUGUAUCGAUCAACAAGAUGCUGAAAGGAAGACACGCGGCAUUAAGUCGAUCGGCGCAAUCCUCCACAGAUCCCGUACGCUACUGGUGGCCUGGGAUCGAAGCUACUUCACGCGCUUGUGGUGUACCUUCGAGCUGGCAGCAUUUCUGCAUUCACAACCGGAAGGCCGGGUGAUUUGUUUGCCCAUCAUUCUGGGACGGGUGACGUCCGAAAUCGCGUUGUGCACGUGGAUGAUGGAGUUGCUGCGGGUCUACAUGGAUAAGUGGGCGCGGAGUCUGGCGUUCUUCUUUGUGAGUUUAGCCUUUGCCAGUCGCUUCCACGACUUUCUCGAAGAGGUGGAAGAUUUGAGCUUGAGCCUCAAGGACUUCGAAGCCCGUCGUGCGCAAUGCUUCUGCUGCAGCAAUGGACAUUGCCAUCCGGGCACCAUGGAGAAGUUGCCCUGUGAUCGCAAGCUGGUCGAGGGAUCCAUUGCACAUUGGUAUGGUAGCGGAGACGUGGAAGAAGGCUUAGCCAAGUUCGAUGAUCUCAUCCGCGGUCAGUUUCGGAAACAAAUCCGCGAAGUCUUCCGCGGUGCCAGAAUGCCAUAUCACUUGAUUUUGGUCUCAUCCGUUUGGCCGGCGAUGCACCAGUUGGACUAUAUCGUAGAGGAUUGCACGGCGUUUCACACCUGGGCGUGGUUCACCAGAUCUCUACGAUGUGCGCACAUCAUGUUCAUUGGCUUUCCUUUGGUCUUCGCCACCUUGAUGGCCACGAUGCGAUGCUUGGUGAAGGUCAGGAUCUUGAACAAGUGCUCUCGAACGCUUCUCUUUGCGGCAACCAAUUGCUUCCUGCACUGGGUCUCCAUCCAAGCGGGCCGCAUCAUCAGUCGCCUUGCUGAGAGCGAGGCUGGCCUGCUGCGACUCCUGCGUCUUCUGUUCUUGGUGUUCCAGUCACUGCUGGUCUUCUAUUUCUUUCAAGACAGCGGUACCAAACAACAGACGGUGAAGAUCGCUCGUCGCUUGAAGGACGUCACCAAGGAUGUGGCGUACGUGGCGCAUGGCCGCGCCACACGCCGGGAACAGGAGAUUGAACUGGUUGUCCCUGAGGCUUUGGCUUCACGCUGACCGCCCUGAUAGCUGUGCUGUUGAGCAGCUGUGGCAGUUCAUGAAACCUUUGAAAGCCAACAAAGUUGGCUUUGUCGUACCAUAAAGCCAUCAUUUCCAGUUGUAAGUGGGCUCAGUUCGGAC